AAUCCAAAGUGACCUUCGUGAUAAAUCUCUCCCAGUCUGUACAUUCAGUGUUUGGUUUCUACAUCCCAUUACAAAAGCAGAUAAGGAGUGGUGGUCUGAGUCAGGAGGGAGGGCUCCAUUCUUACUUUCUGUUUCACCUUCUGCGUCCCUACAAUGGCUGCUGCACCGAAGAUGACGAGGGAAGAAGAAUUUCUGAAAAAGCAGGAAGUUUUCAGAAGGAAUGCUUUCUUGAUUAUCAAGAAAAUGGUGGAACUAGCACCAGAGAAAGGGAGUCCAGCACAUCCUUCAGUGUUGGUUGAUGAGGUUCUUCACAGCAUCUUCUUUCUGGGGGCGAUCAACAACCCCAAAUAUACCCCACAGAAUAUUCUGGAUGAUGAGGACAUUUUUAAUAAGCUGAAGGGCCGCUACCCUGAACCUUUUAAGUUCUUUUCCUCACGACUACCCACGCGGGCUCCAUUGUCAUGUGUGCUUGACAUGGUUGUCAACCUGAAUGGACAACAGAAUGAAGAUGAAAUAAAAAACAGGCUGAAAGAGUUCACGCUUCAGCUGAAGCAGGAUGGAGGAACGGCUCUGGUCUCCUCCACCAUCUGUGUCUCUCAGCCCGACGUGACCCCAAGAUCAGUCAGGUACUACGGAGUCAGUAUGUCCACUUCUGGCCCUGUUCCUGGGCAAGUCAUCAUCGCUGCGUCCUGUCUCAGCGACGUAGCUGAGAAGAAAUGGGACAGUUACGUAGCUGAUGCAGUGAUGACCUACUAUUCAAAAGAGAAGAAGAAGCAGAAGAAGCCAUACUUUGAUGGAACCAUCAAACUUCCAAAGCAGGCCAGGUGUCAGGCGUUCAGCCUCACUGAUGGAACCCCAAUGGCUCCUUGCAGAUCAUGUGGGAAUAUGUUUGGUUUGACAACAAGUGAAACAAGGGAGUGGCCCUAUGGCAACUGUGCUGAACCUGAAAGUCUGAGCAACUUGCUCAAAAAUGAGAACAAUACGAGAGAGCAGGUAAUGCAAUCAUCUGACACAUGCACACCUGCAAACAGGCAGAGGGCUGUAGAGGAUGUAAAGAAACUGCUUAAGGAGUAUCUGUGCAUGCUGCAGUUUCAAUGGGAUAAUCAUUACUACACCCCACAAGGGAACUGAUGGCCUGUUAAGUACUGCUGAGUACAACUCUUAUGGUCCUUUAUUAGAAAGUGACCAGAUCGAUCUGGUGGUUUUGAUUCUCUAUCAGUAGAAACUUCUCUGUACUCCUCUCAGCACUGAAAUCUCUUCCUGUUUGUGGACAAGAAAUUCAUGUGAUCAGAGACAAAUAUAUUUUUGCUUUAUCAUCACAUUGAUCAUCAUUCAUCAUUGUUAAUACUUCAGCUACUACUACUGUAACAAAGAUAUGAAUAUAUUCAUGGCAAAAAUUAUAAACCUAUAUGUGUUUCAACUGUUGAAGCAUGCAGAGGUUGUCGAGGUUGAUGUAUUGAUCCUGAAAUGAACAAUAAAAUGAUGUAAACCUAUAA